AUGAAUAUUAAAUUAACUCAACUACCAAAUUUAAUACCAAGAAUUAAUCUGAAAACCUCUAGAAUACUAAGUUCGAAAGAAAACGAAGUACCCUACGUUUUUGAUAUUGCUUCUAUAACAAAUAUUUCAUCAAAAGUUGAACCAGCACAAAUCCUUCUAGCUCCAAAUCGAGAGCCCUUAUUGUCUUUUGAUAUCAACAGUUCUGAUACAAUUUUGGCAGCCGGUACAGAACUUGUUGAAAAAACAGAAAUUGAUGAAAUUGAAACUGAUGAAAUUGAUGAAAACGAUGCAAAAAUAUUCUUUUGGGACUUGAGGAAUGCAUCUUCAAUCGAAGCUCAAUUUAUUAAAUCUCAUAGUGAUGACAUCACUCAGAUCCAAUUUCACCCAAAUUGUUCUUCGCGGUUUAUCAGCGGUUCUGUGGAUGGAUUAAUAUGUAGCUUUGACAUAAAGAACUUUAAUGAAGAUGAAGAAUUGGUCGGAGUGAUUAAUUCUGGCUCUUCUAUAAAUAAGGCAGGUUAUUUUGGAUCAAACGGAGAAUAUGUAUAUUGUUUGACUCACACGGAGACAUUCAGUAUAUGGGGAUCAUCCGAAGGUGACAUGCUUAAUAAUUUGGGUGAUAUUCGACAAGACUCUAGCGACAGUAUUGCACAAAUUGAUUAUGCUAUAGAUUGUCAAUUUGAUUACUCUACAAAUCGAUUGUUUCUAUUUGCUGGUUCUUACACGGGAGAAGUUAACGUAUUACACGUGGAUGUCAAUAAUUUACAAUUAUGCCAAACUUUAUGUGGCGGGCAUUCUGAAAUAGUUCGUAGUGUUUUCUGGAAUCCUCAGACGAAUCUUUUCCUUACUGGUGGGGAAGAUGCUAAAUUAUGUUUAUGGGGCCCAUAG